ACAAGCUCUAGAGUAUUCUUUCCUUUGAAUUCUGAUCCAUUCUUAUUUCUUUUCUUCCUUCCAUGAACCAUAAUGACAUAAGUGCAUACAAAUAAGACUUUGUAAAAAAAUAAAAAUAAAAGUACACAUCAAGUAAAGAGGAAUACAAGAGCUUAACAGACACAUAAUAUCAUAAUGGCCGACACAGAUCCCACCCCCGAGCAAGAAGCCGCGGCCCGCGCCAAGGAAGCAGCAGAGCAGGCAGCGCUGCCCUACAAAUGGGAGCAGACGAUCGCCGACCUCGACAUCACCAUCACCAUACCCGGCAACCUCAAAGCCCGCGACCUCGUCAUCGAGAUCAAGAAGCAGAAGCUCAAGGCUGGCAUCAAGGGCCAAGAUCCUAUCAUUGAUGGCGACCUCCCCCACAUAAUCCGCACCGAAGAGUCGACCUGGACUCUGACCUCCUCGCCCGACGGCACCAAGACCAUCGAGAUCCACCUGGACAAGCAGAACAAGCUUGAGUGGUGGGCGCACGUGAUAACGUCCGCCCCAAAAAUCGACGUGACCAAGAUCCAGCCCGAGAACUCGAAGCUGAGCGAGCUCGACGGCGAGACCCGGGGCAUGGUCGAGAAGAUGAUGUACGACCAGCGCCAGAAGGAGAAGGGGCUGCCGUCGUCGGAUGACCAGAAGAAGGCGGAUAUCCUGAAGAAGUUCCAGGAGCAGCAUCCGGAGAUGGACUUUAGUAAUGCGAAGAUGGGUUAAAAAAGAAAGGGCAGAGGGGAAGGGAAAGGGGAAGGGAAGGGAAGGCAAACUGCUAGCUACAUGUAUUAGGUGGCUUGAUAUGUACCUACCUUCCUAGGUUAGGUACUUGCGUAUGUAUUUACGAUGAAUGAAAAAAAGGAAAGAAUAUUCAGUAUAACAUAUCACGAGCGAGUCACGAUACAGCAACACCAUAAUAUGGUUUAAGGUCUCACGUCUCAUUAGCUACGUGCGUCUUGUACUCUAACAAUAGCACACGAAAGAGUUGAAAUCAGACAAAAUGAUAUAU